CUAAAACGAACAAGCCCUUUAUCAAAAACUUCGAGAGAAAUGGCAGCCGCCAGGGUUGAGAAAUGAUGUUUCGUGACAGUUUCAAAUAUUACAAAAGUCGAAAUCCCGCACCCGAUCUCAGUAAUGUAAUCGAUCUUGAAAAUCUUGAUUGCAUCAGAGUUAGAAAUAUUAAGGCACACAUCACUGGUGAAGAAAUUGAGGAUAAUUUUGGGCUGAAAUCAGUAGAAAAAUGGAAGAUUUACGAAUUACUAGAUAUUCCUGGUCUCAUCUUUAUACAAAAUCCAUUUACACCAAAUGGCCAACGAUACUGGAUUACAAGAUGUCUAAAAGAUUACUCUAAGGAACCUUACAAAUUAAAUAUAGAUGCCCAUAAUAUUUUAAAUAAUGAAACAUGGUGGGACAUAUGUUUUCAGACUUCUGAAAGGGCUAAAACUCUUCUGCCAAAGUUACGAUGGGCGACAUUGGGAUAUCAUCACAAUUGGGAUACCAAAUUGUACUCUGAAAAUUCAAAAAGCGACAUGCCGACAGAAUUAUUCGGUCUAACGUCUAUUUUGGCAAAGGCAUUAGGUUUUUCGAACUUUAAAGCCGAAGCUGCGAUUGUGAACUACUAUCGAAUGAACUCAACUUUAGCAGGACAUACGGAUCAUUCGGAGAUGAAUGUCACUGCACCGCUUUUUUCGAUAAGUUUCGGACAGACGGCGAUCUUCCUAAUCGGUGGACCGAGACAGGAAGAUCCGACUAAUGCAAUGUUUUUGCGGAGUGGAGAUGUAGUAAUAAUGUCAAACAGCUCUCGUUUAAGGUAUCACGGAGUACCGAAAAUUUUACCGGCAUCCAAAACACCCUGGGACGAUAAUCGCGAAGAAAGUAAGAAAAAUUCAAUGUACAAUUGCGACGAUUGGUGCAAAGCACGAACUUACAUUGCAGAGGCUAGGAUUAAUAUGAAUGUGCGACAGGUUCUAAAACCUGGACAGAUUGUAUUAUAUUGAACCACGUUAUAUUUUUGUAAAAAAAGUAUUAAAGAUAUUUAUUUUACCAAAAUA